AUGAACCCCAAUGCGCGGCAAAUGGACAACCAAAAGGGAAACCAAAAGGGAAACCAAAUGGGAAACCAAAGGAUUCGUAAAAAAAAUUAUAAUAAAACAGCAAAUGUUAUCUUCCAAGGAAUCAACCCAUACCUUGAUAUAAAAAAUGAACAAGGGUUUAAAAAAAUACAUUGGCAUAGAAACUUAUCUAACGAAUGGUACAUCAAAGAUGAUAAUAUCGUAAACGAUUCCGGUGUUACAAUAAGAGAAGUGGACCAUAGAAUUAACCGAGGAGAAAUAUCCAUUGGGAGUUCAAGUUACGACGGGGACAAAUAUGAUGUGAGAAAUUUGUUCGUAAAAUUAGUAGAGGAACUCUUCUUUUCAAAUUAUGGAGAAUGUCUACAAAUGGAAAAAGCCUUAUAUCUUUCUAUGCAACUUUUGCUAAAAGAAUUACAAGAUAAUAUAAGCAAGGAUUUUGAAGACAUUCUCCAUGUGGCCAAAGAUCACAUAAACAAAUUCUUUAAAAACACAAGUGCACAUAAUCAGAAAGAAUUGGAAAAAAUAAUAGGACCAGAUAUGACCCUGAGCCUCAAUGACGAAGGAAAUUUAGUAUUUAAUGAAAAAAGUUUACGUCGCUACCUCGCUCUUACAAAACUUCAAUUAAAUAUAGAUAUAGAGCAAGAAUAUUCAACAUUUGAAAAUGACGCCCUAAUUAGUGACAUACAACGUCGUCAAAGCGACCUUGCUCGUAAAAUUUCGAAAGUAGAGGAACAUAUUGAAAACUAUUUGCAUGCAGCUUUACAUAGAUUUCCUCUCAAGUAUUACCGUGAUUCCGAUUCCUUUGCAGUUAUGUUUGAAAAUAAUGCUAUGGAAAUCCUGGAAGAUCAUUUGCAUCUUCAUCUGUAUGAUAAAUACGUAGAGCAUAGGGAAAAAUCAAGUGCCAAUUUCCGGAUAGAUAUUAUGACAGUAGAUUUGUUUAUCCAAGAUAUGCUUAGCAUACUACAUCACACUAUUGACUACAAUGUCCAUACCCUCUUUGUAAAACUAAAUAAACACCUAAAUGGAGACCUAAAAUGUUUGAUAGCGUUCUUUCUGUAUUUAUUUAAUAUAGAAAAAUUUAGAAAUAAUGACAUCAUAAAAUCUAUAAAAGAAAAAAGUGAAGACUUAGAAGGAAAUAAAAUUCUGUCGAAUGCUUAUAACUUAUUUAUGAUAGAAAAAAGUGAAAUCAACAUUGCAGAAACCAAAUUUAAAAUUUUUGUAAAAAGUAAAUUUGAUUUCAAUUUAGAUGAUAAAAAAGUUCGAACUCUCGAGAAAAAACUUUACGACAUUUACCAAAAUAGACAGCUCAUCCAAGCCUUCAAUUUAAUUGCUUACCAAAUAUUAAUCCAACGGAUCGUCAAAGAUUACGCACACUUUGUGGAACUCCUUAAAACAACUUCCAGCAUAUAUCAACCAAGUUAUCAGAAAGUAAUAGACAAAUUUGCUUUCCAAGGAAAUGAACACUUUCUGACCAUUCCAAUAGAAACAUACGAAAAAUUGGUGAAGGAAUAUUUAAAAAUUAAAGACAACAGGAAUUUCCAUUUUAAUGACACCCUGGGUGAUAAUCGAAAAAUAAGUAAUUCCUUAGCACAUCUAAAAAGGAAAAUGAACAAAAUUACAAUUAUGAUGAAAAUUUUAAAGAACCUCAAUGAAGAGAUGACUACCCUGAAGGACGUUUCGAAGCUCACUCCCGGCCAAACGGUGCGCAAUAAACAGGCUAUUAUUUUUUAUGUUCAUCUAAUUAGGGAAUUCAAGGAUGAUUGGUUUUAUUAG